CUCCGUCUGGUCUUCCCCAAAUCGACAUUUCGCCUUACACUGCACGCAAAGUCCCAAACAUGCAGCAGAGCUCGCGUCAGAUCUAAACGACUCGCCACCCGCCGACGACGACGACGCGCCACCCGCCGACGACGAGAAGAAGAGCAGGAGGCGAGCGGAACGGCCGGCGAGGAGCGAGGAUCUGGCGCGGCCCCCCAAGAUUCGGGAACCUCGAUCCUCGCCUGCCAGGCCCCCGGCGUCGGAUCCCGCCGAUUCGAGGGAGGAGGAUCUGAUGGUGGCUGUGGCGGGGUGGUGAUUUCGGGGUACUCGGCUGCGGAGACGGAAGCUCGGUUGACUGGAUGGACAAGAACAAGAACAGGACUGACCUUCUUGCGGCCGGGCGUAAAAGGCUUCAACAGUUUCGUCAGAAAAAGGAUGGGAAGAGCAGCUCUAGCCAUGGAAAAUCCUCAAAAAAGCUUGGUAAAUCCGAGCAGAAUGAGACUGAUCCUGAUGUCAUGCCUACUUCCUCCACACCUCCGACAGUAGUGCACAAUGCUGAGGUGGAGAGUGGUUCGCAACUCCCAGAAUCUGAGGUGGGUGCUGAGCACAGAACAGUGCCACAAGGAUCAGAGGAUGCUGCAGCUUCUCCCGAUGUCUCCAUUGCAACUCAUGGUUCAAGUUCAAUUCCCCCAUCAACUGCCUCUAACGGCAGAGAAAGCGAAUUUGCCCAAGUUGCAGAAUCUCCCGAAGCUGUGUCAGUGACAACUGUGGAUGAAGAGCUUGGUGCUGAUUCCUCAAGCCUAAAUGAAGGGGAAAGCACAGGAAGAGAAAUGUUAGAAGUGCUAGAUUCUAAUGCAAAAAUGGCACAGACCAAUACCUUCUUCAGUGUUAGUGACAUUCUGCCUGCUAAUAUAGGCGAUGCCUCGGAGGGGACAACUGCUUUGGUUGGGAGGGAGAUGCUAAUUGGGGAAAAUCAAAAGGAAUCACCUAAAAGCAAGAUGCUAAAUGGUGAAAAUCAAGAGGCUCUGGUGCUUGAACAUAAGCAUGAUGUGGAUGUGCCAUUGAUACAUCAGGAGGUCGUUCAGGCAUCAGAUGACGCUGAUGGUUUGGGUAUGGAGCAUCAUGAUGGAGGUGAAAACUUGGAGCUUGAAGGCAAUCAUACAUCCUCUAUGCCUGAGCCUGGCGAGAGUUUUGCAAAGCUGACCCCUGGAGAAGUCAAGGAGGCAGCAUCUGCUACGGGUGAAGUUGUUGAGGCAGAUAUAGUGCAUGCUGAGCCUUCUGCCAAAAAUGAGUCAGAUGAGUUAACCGCUCCUUCUUUGCCUGCAUCAGACCCACAUCAAGUUCUGGAUAUUACUCCAGAAUAUCCAAACCAGCAGGAAGAGCAGGUAACUGAUAAUGGCAACUCAAACAUGUCAUUGGCAUCUGGUGAACAGGGCGUCUUUGAAGAUGAACCAGAUAAUGAUGAUGUGAAGGCUGCUAAAUCUAGUGAGGGUUAUCAACAGCAUUAUGCAUUAGUGGGAUCUAUAGAGGAUAAAGACAUGAGCCAUAAAGGGCAUUGGGAAAGUACAACAAGUUCGUCACAGGUGGUCUUCCCUCUUUCAGCGGAUGUGAGCUCUAUUAGCCUCUCAGAGCUUACAGAGGUGAUAAAGAAACUUAGUGAAGACGAAUAUAAUUUGGUGCUUAAAGCAAGAGAAUCAGUUUCUAGUGCAAAUCUAGAGUUGAAUUUAAGUUCUCCAGUUGAAGAGCACAGCAGUUUGGGAGUUGUAGGACAUCUUGAAGAAGAACUGGUUUCAAUGAACUUUACGAAAGAUAUCUUCCAUUUGCAGCUAGAGGAAUGUUCCAAGUUGCAGAAAGAACUUUUUAAUCAGCGGUUUCAGUUGACUGAUGAGAUAUCUAUGCUCCAAGGUUCACUAGCUGCUGUUCAGGAGAAGAACGAUUCUCUCACUGAGGAGCUUCUGUGGUGCAGGUCUGAACAUGAUGCAGUUGUUUGUGGGAGAGAUGAUUUCUGCACUCAACUUCAUGCUGCAAAGGAUGAGAUUCAGGAGUUGGGUGCAAGGGCAUUCGAAUUGCAGAAUUCACUGGAAAUGUCACAGGAAAAUUUGAGGAAACAAUCAGGAGAUCUGGCUGAUUGUAAGAGUUCAAUGGCGACUUUGCAGAUUGAAAAUGAAAGAUUGAAUGGAAUCAUUAGUUUGGGGGUUGAGGAGAGAAAGAAUCUUGAGGAUGAAAAAGAGAAUCUUUUGCGUGAGAAUCAGAGGUUGUUGAUUGAUCUGGAUGAAAGCCAGAGACUGAUGAGAGGUCUACAGGCUGAAAUUGCAACUUUAAAUGGAGACCAUGCUUCCAUGUUGGAGGAAAGUAAAAAACUUGAGGAAGAGAAGGAACGUCUUGCUCGAGAAAGUGAAGGAUUAAGCAUAGAGGUAAUUGGUUUGAAGAGUUCAGUGGAGGCCUUAGAGGUCGAGAAGGCCGACUUACACAAGUCCCUUGCUCUGGUGACACAGGAGGUAAACAAGACAAGGAAUGAGAAUGAUCAUUUUGCCCUUGAGUCUGAGAGACUUUCAUCUGAGGUCCUUGUUCUUCAGGAGCAGUUAUCUAUAAAGCAGAAGGACCUACUGCGAGCUGAAGAAGAUCUUGAAGUAAAAACUAUUCGCAUUGAACAGCUGACUGAGAAAAAUCUUUCUCUAAGUAGCAGUCUUGAUUUAUACAUGGCCAAGAUGAAGGAAUUGGAUGACAAGCAUAUCCAAAUUGAAACAUCAGCUGAGGAAGCUGGUAACGAAGUCAAAUCUAUGGAAGCACAAGGUCUAAAAGGGGUAGUUGAUGCUAUGGGCCUUUCUGAAGCUCUCAAAAACAGAGCUAUUGAAGUGUCAUCUAGUGUGAUGGAGAAACCACUAUCUUGCUGCCAGGAAACAGGAAGUCAAGCUGGAGUGGUUAUGGAGAAAUUCUCUAAUGAAUAUUCUGAAUUUCUUGGCUUGAGCAGACUGUUGAAGAAGAUGGAGAAAAUAGUUCAAAAACUUGAGAAGGCAGUUGAUAGUAUGCAUUCUCAAUCGACAUCCUCAAGCAAGUCGGGUGGUAAAGCGGCUGCAGCUGGAGUGUCAAAACUGAUCCAAGCGUUUGAGUUGAAGACACAUCUUGAUGAACAUGAGGAAGAGGAUGGGGGUGAAGAUCAACCAGAGGAAGAUCCUUACUCUUCAUCACAGAAGCAGAUAGGAAAUCUGAAAGCAAUAUGUAAGCUGUUGAGUUUUGAUGUUGAUAAUGCUGCUGCUCUGUUUAACGGAGAACUGGAUGGUAGAAGAGCUGCCAAUGCAAUGAUUAGGGAACUAAAGAAUCAAUGUGAAACUUUGAGGGAACACUCUGACACUCUUGAAGCAAGUGCCAUCGAAUUGGGAGUUCUGUAUGAAGUGCUGAAGCAAAGAACAUCCAGCCUUGAAUCAGACAACAGUCUACUUGAGGCACAUUGUGAAGCCUUGAAACAGCAGAGCACAGUUCUUAGAGAAGAAAACACUGAGCUUAAUGAUAAGCUCGAGGAGUGCCAAAACAGAAUGUACAAUUUGGGAAGUCAGUUGCAUGAGUUACAGCAAUACUCAAAUGAAACGAUGUCUGCAUUGCAAAGUCGGUUAGAAAGUUUCCAGACACAGGCCACUGAUAGGACAGUAAUGCUCCAGCUAGAAUGGAGUGUACUUGUUAAUGAAAGUGAAACAGUUAGUAAACUAGACGAGCAUACCUCUACUGUCUCAGUUCGAAAUUUUGAUGGCUUGGACAUUAGCAGCCAUGUUGCUGCUUCUGUUAGUGCUGCCAUUGAAGUGAUUGACAAUUUGCAGGGAAAACUGGAAGACAUUUCCAAGGAUCGUGAAGCAAUCAUUGGGCUAUACAAGGACUCAAAUGAAAAGUUGUGUGUUCUGCAGGGGAAGAGUGAAUUGGCUGUAACUUUACUGAAUAGUGUGUAUAGUAACCUUAGAAAAACUGUACAUUCUUCACUGAGGUCUGUGGAACCUAGUGAGACUCAGAUAGAAACAGAGGGACUCCAUGAUCCAUUAAAUCCAAUUAAUUAUGAUGCUCUUAUGGAACAAGUGGCCAACAUUCUCAGCGAGAGGCUGCAACUUGGCUCUGAAAUUGAUCUUCUCAGGUCUCAACUGGAGAGCAGAAUGCAAGAAAUCCAGGAACUUAAUGCCAGAUGUGUCGAUAUGGAUUUGAUUCACAGGUUUAUUGAAGAUGUUGAAACUGUAGUAAAUGUUGAAGAGGUGGAAGGCUUUGAUGGACCUCCUCUAUCUCGUUUAGGGUCAUUAAUUUCUUUCCUUGUUCAGAAAUACAGAGACACGAAUGAGCAUGUGGUAUUCUCUAGAAAUGUAAUAGGAUCAAAGGAGAUGGAAUUGUCAGAAUUGCAGGACAGGUUAAUGCAGUCAAGUUCAUUGAAUCUUCAGCACGAGAACGAAAUCCUUAUUCUGAAGGAAAGCUUGAGCCAGGCAAAGGAAGCAAUUAAUGUGGCUCAGACACAACUUCAUGAUAAAAUAGUUGAGCUCGAACAAUCAGAGCAGCGAGUGGCUUCCUUGAGGGAGAAACUUAGCAUUGCUGUUGCCAAGGGGAAAGGUCUGGUUGUGCAACGCGAUAGUUUAAAGCAGUCCCUGGCUGAUACCUCAAGCGAAUUGGAGAAAUGUUCGCAGGAGUUACAGUUGAAAGAAGCCAGACUUCUUGAGGUAGAGAUAAAACUUGGGACCUACUCAGAGGCAGGUGAGCGUGUGGAAGCUCUGGAAUCUGAACUUGCGUACAUCCGUAACUCAGCCAAUGCAUUACGGGAAUCUUUUCUUCUUAAAGACUCAUUAUUACAGAAGAUAGAAGAGAUUUUGGAAGAUCUAGAUCUGCCUGAGCAUUUCCAUGCAAAGGAUAUCGUUGAAAAGGUUGAAUGGUUGGCAAGGUCAGUUUCUGGUAGCUCUUUGCCUCUUGCUGAUUGGGACCAGAAGAGCUCAGUUGGUGGUCCCCACUCAGAUGCUGGUUUUGUUAUUAUGGAUCCCUGGAGAGACGACAUGCAGCCAGGCUCAAAUUCUGUAGAUGAUUUGCGAAGAAAGUAUGAUGAGCUCCAAGGUAAAUUUUAUGGUUUGGCUGAGCAAAAUGAAAUGCUCGAGCAAUCAUUGAUGGAGAGGAACAACUUGGUUCAGAGAUGGGAAGAAAUUUUGGGCAAAAUUAAUUUGCCUUCGCAGGUGAAGUCUGUGGAACCAGAGGAAAAAAUCGAGUGGCUAUGCAAUUCAUUCUCAGAGGCUGAAAAUGAUAGGGCUUCUCUACUGAAAAAGAUUGAUGACCUUGAAAGCUAUUGCUCUUCACUUGCUGCUGAUAUGGAAGAAUCACAGAGGAGAAUAUCUGACCUUGAGGCAGAUCUUAAGGAAGUCUCUGAUGGGAGAGAGCAAUUUUCUGAAAGUUUGGGGAUACUGAGUGAAAACCAUGAGAAACUAUCAGAGAAGGCAUUGCAGCUUGAACAUGAGAAUGAAAAACUGAAGACCGAAGCCUUUGAUUUGCACCAAACAUUAGCUGAGUUGGCUGGAAAUGAAGAAACUAUUUGGACAACCGAACGAGAGAUUAGAAGAUUGCAGGAAGUGGUUGGUGACGUGUUGAAUGAUCAUAUUACAGAAGAUGUGGAUAAUGGCAGAUCUAGUAUUGCAGUUUUGGAAGAUCUUCUGCAAAAACUUAUUGAGAAGUUCACUGCCCUUCGAUCAACAGAAUCCGUACUUGCUGAUGCAACUGAUAUGCACACUGAGAAGGCUGAUGCAACAGCCAUUGGGCAAAGAGCGAUGGACACAUUGGGUGGAGAGGAGCCUGGCAUCAUGGUUCCAAAGAAGCAACUGGAGGAGGCGCUGAGUGAAUUGAUGCAGGUGAAGCAGGAGAGAGAUAGCUACUUGGAAAAAAGUGAAUCGUUGUUUCAUGAAGUUGCAGCACUAGGUAAAAGAGGAGACGAGUUGCAAGGAUUACUUAAUCAGGAGGAGCAAAAGACUGCAUCUCUUAGAGAGAAGUUAAAUGUUGCUGUUAGAAAAGGUAAGUCGUUGGUGCAACAACGUGACAAUUUGAAACAGAACAUCGAAGAGACAAAUUCAGAAAUGGAUCAUUUGAAAGCUGAGAUCAGCCGCAGGGAAUCUAUUCUUGCAGAGUAUGAACAUAAGAUUAAAGACCUAUCCUCUUACUCAGGUAGGGUUGAAGCUCUUGAGUCUGAGAUUCUGUUCUUAAGGAAGAGUUCGGAAGAAAAUGAGCUUUCCUGGCAGAAUAAAGGCAGUACUUUGAGUGCAAUUUUAAGUACUUUAGCUGACAUGGAUGUGGGUUCAGAAGUAAACGCCAGUGACCCCAUCGAAAGAUUGAGACAGAUUGAGCAACUGUGCCAUGAGUUACGUCGAGCCAUUGCUUCUUCGGAACAAGAGUCAAAGAAAUCUAAAAGGGCAGCAGAACUACUCCUUGCAGAGUUGAAUGAGGUUCAAGAGAGGAAUGAUAGUCUACAGGAGGAGAUAACACAAGUAGCCAGUGAGCUGUCCAAACUUUCUCAGAUAAAGAAUGCUGCAGAGGCUGCCAGACUCCAAGCUAUUUCACGUUAUGAAAGUUUAUCUUCUGUUCACAAUGAGGAAAGGAGGAAGCUGUUUUCUGAGUUCACGAAAAUGAAAUCUUCCUUAGAACUUCUCUGGAAGGUUUUCUCUGAUUAUAAUGGCUUACUAGCUGAUGUUCUGUCUGAGGAUUAUGAAAUACUACACAAUCUGGGAACUGCCAUGGAGUAUUCUCUUGGAAAAAUUGACGCUAUUGAUGUGAUUGGGCCAAUGAAGUCUAGUUCUCUUCCUGCUGUUUCCAAUCAUGCUAAAAAGGAUAAGUAUUUCUACAUUAAUACUGGGUCAGAUUCUGAGACUUUGAACCAGUUUGUUGAUGAAGAUCUACCUGAAAUUUGGAGUUUCUUUGAGAAUCAACUGCAACAAUUCUCUUCAGGGAUUGUUUCUUUAAAGGAAGAUCUCCACAAACAUUCUAGUGCAUUCCAAGAACAGGCCAGCAGUCUUUCCAAAAUGUUAACUGUUAUAAAUAGAGAAAUUAUUGGCCAAAAGGAGUCAUCUGAAGUGACUGAAAGAGAUGUAGAACGUUUAAAGUCAACUCACAGAGAAAAGGACAAAGAGAUUUCUUUCCUGCGCCGUGGCAUGACCUUGCUUUGUGAAGCAUGCUCCAGUUCCCUUGCAGAAAUUGAAAAUAGUCAAGCUGCUUUGUUAGGGAAGAAUUUGGCCACUGUAGAUUCAAGAACAAACUUGGAUUUCCUCCAUGGGGGAUUUUCUGCUGAUGAUACCCGUUUUUCAUCAGAGGAAUUUUUGAAACACUUUGCUGACCGACUCCUAACAAGUGUGAAAAAUUUUGCCUCUGUGAAAGCCGAAAUUGUUGACAACAGUCAGAAAGAAUUGAAGGGUACAAUAGCAAAUUUACAGAAGGAGCUUCAGGAGAAAGACAUCCAGAAAGACAGGAUCUGCAUGGAGCUUGUGAAUCAGAUUAAGGAAGCUGAAGCUGCUGCUUUAGGGUAUUCAUCAGAUCUCCAAUCUUCAAAAAGUGUGGUCCACAACUUGGAGAUAAAAAUUGCAGAAAUGGAGGCUCAACAUACCUUAUUGCAGAAGAGAUUAAAAGAGAUGCAAGAUGGGCAAAUGGCAUCAACAGAAUUACAGGAGAGGCUCCAAUCGCUGACUGAUCUUCUAGCUUCUAAAGAUCAGGAAAUUGAGGCCCUGAUGCAAGCACUUGACGAGGAGGAGACACAGAUGGAAUACUUGGGCAAAAAGAUCGAAGAGCUAGAGAAAGUUUUGGAACAAAAGAAUCUGGUUGUGGAAGAACUUGAAGCUUCUCGAGGGAAGGCUUUGAAAAAGCUUUCUAUAACAGUGAAUAAAUUUGACGAACUUCAUCAUUUCUCAGUUAGUCUUCUUGCUGAGAUUGAAAAGCUUCAAGCCAAAAUAAAAGAACAGGAUUCUGAGGUGUCUUUCUUGAGGCAAGAGGUCACGAGAUGCACCAAUGAUGUUCUUGUGUCAUCUCGGUUGAGUAAUAAUAGAAAUGCCGAAGACUUCUUUGAGUUCUUAACAUGUAUUGAGACCUUGGUACCUGGGCUACCAUUGCAUGAUGUCAGUGAUAAGAAGAGCAUCCAGGUGAGUGAAUACAAGGAAUUGCUUCGGAAGAAGAUUGAGACUAUUGUUUCUGAAUUGGAGGAUUUAAGGGCAGCAGCUCGUAGUAAGGAUGCCUUGUUGCUGGUAGAAAGAAGUAAGGUAGAGGACUUGACACGCAAAGGGGAGACUUUUGAAAGGUCUUUACGUGAAAAGGAAUCCCAAUUAAAUUUACUUCAAGGUGGGGAAGAUUCAAGGCAGCCAUCCAGCGUGACUUCUGAAAUUGUUGAACUUGAACCGGUGAUAAACAAAUGGGCUGUGACUCCUACUCCCAGCACCCGUCAGGUGCGCAGUUUGCGUAAGGCAAAUAAUGACCAAGUUGCCAUUGCCAUUGAUGAAGAUCCCACUAGCAGUUCUAGGUUAGAAGAUGCGGACGAUGAUAAAGUCCAUGGUUUCAAGUCACUUACGACAUCAAGAAUUGUCCCGAAAUUUACAAGACCUUUGACAGACAUGGUUGAUGGGCUCUGGGUCUCUUGUGAUCGGACAUUGAUGAGACAACCUGCUUUACGGCUUGGCAUUAUUGUAUAUUGGGCUGUAUUGCAUGCACUACUUGCUUCUUUAGUAGUAUAAGCAGAGGAGACUGGUCAUCUGGUUGUACAAUUCGAUGCCAUUAACCAUGUUGAAUUCAUUUGGGUGGGCACCAAGCUUGCCUGACAGAUCAUUUUUGUUUUCUUCCUUUUUUGGGUCAAUUAGAUAUUGUCAAGGCUCAUUUAUUAUUUAGCUGAACCAGGCAGCUGCGAUUUCUCAGUUUUUUUGAUAUAUGUGAAUCUCAGGAUGCUUGGUCAUAGUUGAAUAAAGAAGGAAAAAGGAAGUUGUGGUGGCCAUUUAUAGAACUACACUGAUUGCAGAUUGUAUUACAGGACUUGACUCUUGUGAGUACCAUACAAAAGGUUGUACAUCUCCUAUUAUUUCAAUGUAUGAAAAUUGGCCUCUUCCUUUGACGCA